AUGUCAAAUUUCACCAAACUUGAAUUUGAGGCUCUUGAUAUUACCGGAAAGAACUACUUGUCAUGGAUAUUAGAUAUUGAACUUCAUUUAGCCGCACAAGAUCUUGGAGACACAAUCAAAGAGGGAAAUAAAGAAUCAGAAUCAAACCGUGCAAAAGCAAUGAUUUUUCUUCGCCGCCAUCUCCAUGAAGGACUUAAAACAGAAUAUCUUACGGUGAAAGAUCCACUUGAACUUUGGAAAAAUUUGAAAGAUAGAUAUGAUCAUCAAAAGACUGUUAUUUCUCCAAAAGCUCGCUAUGAUUGGAUGCAUUUGAUGCUUCAAGAUUUUAAAACCCCUAUGAAUCAGUGA